CAGAUCCCAAUUUCCUGUGGAGUGAAACACCUUAGGUUGAAAAAUGGGUGAUGCUGCCAUGGCAGAGUUUGGGCCCGCUGCUCCUUUUCUUAGGAAGUCAGACAAAGAGCGUCUAGAAGCCCAAACUCGUCCAUUUGACAUAAAGAAGGAGUGCUUCGUUCCUGACCCUGAGGUUGAGUACGUAAAGGGAACCGUCACUAGUCGUGACGGUGAGAAAGUCACUGUUGUGACUGAAUUUGACAAGACUGUGACAGUGAAGGAGUGUGAUGUACACCCUCAAAACCCGCCAAAGUUUGAUAAAAUUGAAGACAUGGCGAUGUUCACCUUCCUCCAUGAGCCUGCUGUGCUGUUUAACCUCAAAGAGCGUUAUGCAGCAUGGAUGAUCUAUACCUACUCUGGGCUCUUCUGUGUGACUGUCAACCCCUACAAGUGGCUGCCAGUCUACAACCAAGAGGUGGUUGUUGCCUAUAGAGGAAAGAAGAGGUCUGAAGCUCCUCCCCAUAUUUUCUCCAUCUCUGACAAUGGCUACCAGUACAUGCUGUCAGACAGAGAAAACCAGUCAAUCCUUAUCACGUAA